ACAGAGCUCCGGGUGCCGGACAGAUGCUUCUCGCCUUGUCAGUGCUUCACAGGGGCGACGCACGGAGCCGCGCAACGCUGCCUUUUUUUCACGACUUCGACACCGCUAAAAGUUGACACGUUCAAGCAUGCAGUACGAAUCAGGAAUAGUUCCUGACUUUGAUGAUGGAGAGGACUUACAAGAGGAACCUAAAACCUAUUACGAGCUGAAGAGUCAACCCUUAAAAAGCAGAUGCAGUGCCUUUCCCAUAACAAUGUGACCUCGGAGUAUGCUAAGGUGUAACGUGUGGAGUUCCACAGGGUUUGGUUCUUCGCCCUGCACCCCAGUCCGUCGGAGCACCGUGGAUCCUCCAAGCCUCCGCUCAGCUCCUCGGCCACUACCUCGCGCAUCUUGCUGCGACAACAGCUGAUGCGGGAGCAGCUCCAGGAGCAGGAGCGGCGGGAGCAGCGGAGGCAACAGGCCUCUCAGUACCCACAAACCACAGCUGCACAGACCCCCGCCAUCAAUGUCACCGUCCCCGCCCCGCCCGCUGCACAGGUACCCAUGGAGGUGCUGAAGGUGCAGACUCACCUGGAGAACCCGACUAAGUAUCACAUCCAGCGCUCGCAGCAGCAGCAGGUCAAGCAGUACCUGGGAAAGCUUGGCUCGCAGGUGUUGAGCUUGCCCUGUCCCAACCAGUGCUCUGACCACGGGGGCAUGCCGCCAGGGCCGGGCAACAGCGCCCCCAACAGCCCUAUGGCCUUACUCACCCUGAACUCUAACUGCGAGAAAGAGAUGGAUGAUGUCAUCGACGACAUUAUUAGUCUGGAGUCAAGUUACAGUGAUGAUAUCCUCGGCCUGAUGGACCCCGGACUUUCGAUGGCCAACACGAUCCCGGUGCCAGGCAACCUCAUGGACAUGUAUGGAAACCAGGGCAUGUCCCAGCAAGGUCUGCCUAUCAGCAACUCCUGUCCUGCCAACCUGCCCAACAUCAAAAGGGAAUACUCAGUGUCACAAGCGCCGGCUAUCAUGCACAUGCUGGAUAAGUCUGCAACCUGUGGGAAAUUUGACAACUAUCAGAGGCCUGAAGGGUUUCCUGUUGUAGAGGUAAGAGCUCUUGCAAAGGAAAGACAGAAAAAGGACAACCACAACUUGAUUGAGAGAAGACGGCGGUUUAACAUCAAUGAUCGAAUUAAGGAACUGGGAACUUUAAUUCCAAAGUCAAAUGACCCAGACAUGCGCUGGAACAAGGGCACCAUCCUCAAGGCGUCUGUGGACUACAUAAGGAAGCUGCAGCGGGAGCAGCAAAGGGCCAAAGAAAUGGAGGGCCGUCAGAGGAAGCUUGAAAAUGCCAAUCGGCAUCUUAUGCUAAGAAUCCAGGAGUUAGAGAUGCAGGCUCGAGCUCACGGUCUGGUGGUCACGUCCUCCACGCUGUGCUCCGCCGACCUCGGGGGCCGCAGCAUCAAGCAGGAGCCCGCUCUGGAGGACUGUCACCCGGAUUUGUACACACUCCGCCCCCGCCUGCAUCACCCGCACCACCCCGACUGCACCCCCGAGGCCCCCGGCACCCUGGACCUCAACGAGGGUCACCCCGAUUUCUGCGACGGCCACUACGGCGUUCACUGCAAGCCCGCCUCCAAACUGAACGACAUCCUCAUGGAAGACAACGUGUCGCCGGUGCGAGGCGGCGACCCGCUGCUCUCGUCGGUCUCCCCGGACGCCUCAAAGGACAGCAGUCGUAAAAGCAGCGUCAGCAUGGAUGAGAACGAUCAAGGCUGUUAGCGCCCUCUACUGGCUGCGGUCUGUGUUUACCUUUUCAAUCUCCUGUGACUUUUUUUUCCAAGCUUGAGUUCAAGGACUGAUUUUUUUUUUUAAGACUGUUUGCUUCAAUCAAACCUUUGAAGACAAGAAGUUACAAACUGUAUUUGGAGUUUUAUAUGCAAAGGAAAAUAGAGGCUAGAUGAUGUCGAUGAUUCCAAAGGGGAAGUGUUAAAUUGUCGUAUCGAGAAAACAUUUUUGAAAUCGCUAGCAACAAUAGAAGAAAUAUCAGUUCAUUCGUGCUUUACACUCCUGGUGUCUUAGAACUUGAAGGUGCAGAUAGAGAGAUGCCUUAUAGACACUUUUCAAUCAAUCAAAGUUUAUUCAUAAAUAGCCUGCUCAGUGGCCUUUUGGUUAGAGUGUCCGCCCUGAGAUAGGUCGUGAGUUCAAACCCCAGCCAAGUCAUACCAAAGACUAUAAAAAUGGGACCCAUUACCUCCCUGCUGGGCACUCAGCAUCAAGGCUUGGAAUUGUGGCUUAAAUCACCAAAACGAUUUUCCGGCGCGGCCUCCGCUGCUGCUCACUGCUCCCCUCACCUCCCAGCGGGUGAUCAAGGGUGACGGGUCAAAUGCAGAGGAUAAUUUCACCACACCUAGUGUGUGUGACAAUCAUUGGUACUUUUUUUAAUCACAAGUGUCUCAAAGGGCUGCACAAGCCACAACGACAGAUCCACUUUUGACUUUUGUAUCACCUCGCACACGCUGUGGUUGUUGGUUGUCUCCAAAUGGAAACGUCUUUAUGGACAAAUAUCAGUCACUUAUUUAUGUAUUGCAACAAAGAAAACAACCUUAUUUAUAUAAAUAGAACGUCCCCGAUGGAAGCGGUGUUGUUACAGUAGGGAAGGAAUUCAUAUGGCCCCCUACCUGGGUGGAGCUCGCUUGAGAGGAAGAGGGGAGAGGGGGGAGAGGUAAUCAUUUUCAAUCAAAGUUCAUUUAUAUAGCCUUAAAUCACGAGUGUCUCAAAGGGCUGCACAAGCCACAACAACAUCCUCGGCUCAAGGCAAGAAAAAAACUCAACCCAAUGGGAUAACAAUGAGAAACCUUGGAGGGGACCACAGAUCGUCUUGGGUGGAGAUAAGUCAGCAGCGCAGAGACAUCCUCAACUGAUGGACAGCUGAGUGGUCCAUCCCGGGUCCCGACUUUAAACAGCUAGCGCGUCAUCUGUGGUCACCUAAUCUGUGCCCCCCCCCCCCCCCCCCCCCCUUCCACAAAGGAAAGGGGGGCAGAGCAUUAAAGAGAUGCAGAUCAACUGGUCUAAAGGGGGGUCUAUUUAAAAGCUUGAGUAUACAAAUGCAAUGCAGUCUGCUAAAAAUGAUGGAAAGCGCCACUCUACAUUGCAACUGAGGCUGUGGUCAAAGUUGGCAUUGCCACAAAACACAUUUGAUGAUAUUCAACACUCCACUGCCACCUGGCAGCUAAAGUGAGUGGAGCCCCCCUCCGAUUCGUCACGGUUCAUGUGUCAGGCAAACCCUGACGAAUGGCCCGCAGGAUAUUGUAGAGAUAAAAUCCAACAACAAACAACAGUGAAGAUGUCAGAAAAAUGAGCAAAACGACCAUGUCAUGAGAAAAAAAGAUGACACUUUCAAACUAAUAGUUGAUUAUGAUAGGCUUUGUCCCCAACAACACAGAGCUGAUGCAAGGUUUUGUCGGUUUUCUAGCACUUUUUCCCAAAACAAAUGUUCAAAACGACCCCCGCAUGCUCAAACUGUCUUUAUGCAGCCCUUGGUUCUAAAAGCAAGACACAUUUGUUUAGUACAAAAAUGUACCUUUUUCAAGAAAUCGCUUGAGGAUCAACCACAUUGCUAAGAACAGGUUUUCUAAGUCAAUCAAUCAAUCAAUUUUUACUUAUAUAGUCCUAAAUUACCAGUGUCUCAAAGGGCGGCACAAGCCACGACGACAUCCUCUGCACACAUCCCACAUCAGAACAAGGAAAAACUCAACCCAAAGGGACAAUGAGAAACCUUGGAGAGGACCGCAAGUCUGCUACUGGAUCAUAAGUUUUGCUCUCUUCCAUUUAUCCAUGCAUUAUCUCCCACGGGGUGGGGUGGGGUGGUUGGGGGCUGGAGUCUAUCCCAGCUGCACUCGGGCAGAAGGCGGCGUACACCCUGGACAAGUCCAUAUAUAAUAUAUUGAACUCUUUCAAUGUAGGAACACAAAAACAACCUGAUAGCUUUUUGAACAUACAUUAGAGUGGCUGGGGAAAAAAUAUUUUCUUUUUUUUUCACAUGCUGCUGGAGCUUUGGAGUGACGUUACAUUGCCACCCCUCCAACUCAGAGCUUAUUUUAUAGUAAUAUAUGACAAUCAUGAUUGUGCAAGUUUAAGAAAUGCUGCUGCCCAGCAAGACCAUUGUUCAGUACAUCCCUGUCUAUUUAUUCAUUCAUGACACCAAUUUAUUUUCUCUGCUUAACCCUCUUUAAUUAUCGUCAAAGCCAAACAGGACAUCAAAUCCAUUUUGGAUGCAUAUGUAAACAUGUAUACAUAUUUUAUACCUCAAAUUUGUCAAUCAAAUUCAGUCCAAAACAAAAAUAUUUAAAAAAUUUCCGGGGCUUUUUUGAAGGUGGUUCGAUGAGACACAAUAACUCCUGUCAUUUGAUCCAAAGGCCUUCAAAAAGUAAAAAUAAAAAACAUUACAUGUUUGUUUUUGUUUUUUUAGCGCGGAGGUUUUUUGAGAGAUUUGAGCAAAACGAGUAGGAAUCCAAAAUGUUUUAUGCCCCUUUGGAAAUAUGAAGGGUUUUAAGAAUUGUAAAAGUCAGCAUAGAAAAUAGGACACUUCCUGUCUAACGGAGUGUCACGACACAAAUGAUGGUCAAAAGUAAAAAAAAAAAAGAAAUACUGAAAGGACAAAAAAUUCAGCAGAGCUACAAUUGUCCCCCCAAAAAAUUUUAGAAACCAGAAUACAAAGUGGUUUAAAGGUGCCGUGUGCUGGGGAGGAAAGUGUUGUAGCUACGAAUCCAGCAGAGGGCGCUGUCUCACAAGUCAGUUCUCCCAACAUUUUCUAGCAGGAAGAUGUUUUUCCAUGACUUGAUAACUGCACGUUUUGUUAGUACAAUUUUGUAAUUGUUUCUUAAUACUUAAAACUAAAUUAAACGAUAAUCUCAAAUAUGUAUUUUUAGGGCUAUUUAUAUAAUUUUUUUUUUGCUGUUAUUCGCUAUUUGUGUAACCUCGGUGCAUUGCGGGGGUCUUACACUGUCAAACUCUAUAAAAGCAAGUCCUCAACUUCAAUAUAAGAUAUCAAAAUGUUUUCUAACAGCACAUUGUCACUGUUGGACUGACUUGCCCUGUUAUGCCAACAUUAUUUUAUGAAGGAGUAUAAAGAGAUUGUUUGGAUUUCGUUGCAUUAAAAAAACAAACAACAACAACAAGAAACACUGGAGUAAAGGAUGUAAAUCAAAUCCUAAUUUGUUUUUUACUAUUUUUUUGGUAACUCUUUAUUAUGGGGAACAUAUUCACCAUUGAUUAAUGGAUUAUUAAAGAAACAAAUACUUAAUUUUGAGUUAUUUGGACACUAGGGGAACAUAUAAGGGUUAGCGUUACUAAUAAGCAUAAAUUCUGAGGUUAUUGAGGGAAGACUCUUAGUUAAUGGUUUAAAAGCCUACUGAAAUGAGAUGUUCUUAUUUAAACGGGGAUAGCAGGUCCAUUCUAUGUGUCAUACUUGAUCAUUUCGCGAUAUUUCCAUAUUUUUGCCGAAAGGAUUUAGUAGAGAACAUCGAUGAUAAAGUUCACAACUUUUGGUCGCUGAUAAAAAAGCCCCUGCCUUUACCGGAAGUAUGUGCGCGUGACGUCAGGAGUUUCAGGGCUCCACACAUAUUCACAUUGUUUAUAAUGGGAGCCACCAGCAGUAAGAGCAAUUCGGACCGAGAAAGCGACAAUUUCCCCAUUAAUUUGAGCGAGGAUGAAAGAUUUGUGAAUUAGGAAUAUUGAUAGUGAAAGACUAUAAAAAAUAAAUAAAAAAAAGUGACGGCUACGGGCGGCGCCAGUGUGAGCGUUUCAGAUGUCAUUAGACACAUUUACUAGGAUAAUUCUGGAAGAUCCCUUAUCUGCUUAUUGUUUUAAUCUUGUUGUAAAGACUUACCUCGAGGUCGGAUGGCUGCGGUGAACACGAAGUGUCUCAGAGAGAAGCCGAGGAGCCAAGCUCACAGCUGCCUUUUAAACAGCUGCUGCAGGACGACGAAUAAUACAAUGAUUUCUCCGGUAAGAUAUAUAUCACAAUUUCCCCAUCCAAAAACAUGCUGGUUGACUUAGAGAAAACAUGUUCGCUUGACCGCUUAAAGCUUCACAACAAAAAAAGAAACACCGGCUGUGUCUCGGUGCUAAAGACAGCUGCAAUCCACCGCUUUCCACCAACAGCAUUCUUCUUUAUAGUCUCCAUUAUUAAAUGAACAAAUUGCAAAAGAUUCAGCAACACAGAUGUCCAAAAUACUGUGUAAUUAUGCGGUUAAACCAGACGACUUUUAGCCGUGUUUGGUGCUGAGCUAAUAUUUCCUGACAGUCAGUGACGUCACGCGUAUGCGUCAUCAUUCUGCGCAGUUUUCAACAAGAAACUUGCGGGAAAUUUAAAAUUGCAAUUUAGUAAACUAAAAAGGCCGUAUUGGCAUGUGUUGCAAUGUUAAUAUUUCAUCAUUGAUAUAGAAACUAUCAGACUGCGUGGUGGGUAGUAGUGGGUUUCAGUAGGCCUUUAAGGCCAUGCAGAAUAAGGCAUUAAUAAGUCCUCAAUAAUGACUAAUUAAGUGACCAAUAUGUUACAAAUUUGCAUGUUAAUAAGCAAUUAAUUAAUGGUGAAUAUGUGUCCCCGAUACUAAAGCGUGACUUUUUUUUUUUAAUCCAGCCAUUGAACAUUACUGUAUUUGGCUUUUCCAACAUACACAAUAUUUGUACAGUACUCGGCAGUGUAUCGAACCUUGUGUGUUUACUUUAACAUAAAUGUGCAUUUUGCAGCCCAGCCUACCAUGUUGGUCUGCUAUAUGCUUUUCAAAGUGGAUCUUUUUGCAAUGAUGGAAGUGCCUUUGGUUGUUUCUGUACACUGACAUUUUUGUUACAGGUUUUUACUGGUGUUGAGCGAAGAAUGUCAAGCUGCUUUAGGAAACUUUUGCAAAAGGUCAAACUGUGGCUUUUAUUAUUUCUAUUUUAUCAGUACGUGUCUUUGAGAAACCAAUGAUGAAUAAUAAUGGACUAAUAUCAUGUACAAACUCUGAAAACUAGGUUUUAGAAGAACAACCGUUAAUUUAUCACUAAUUAAAACUUUAGCUAUUUUUUUGUUUAAUGUAUAUUUUUUUACAUAUUUUCUUUGGAUGAAACAUUUUUCUAUUGUUGUUUUUCCCCCCUCAAUGUCAACGUCUCAAUUCUCCCUGGUAACAAAGUCAAAUAUUCCAAGUUUCCACCAUACAGUUAAUCUUAUUUUCCAUUGUUUGUUAUUUAUUUAUUCAGUAUUGAAGGUGUUUAUAAUCCCAAAAGCGUACCACUAUUGAGCCACAUACUGUAUGUUGGCCUGAAUGUAUCAUACAAACAGAUAACUGCCAACAUGUGCCAACAUUUUCUGUAGCUGACUGUUUUAUUAGUUUAUGAGGACAAAUGGAGCAAUACAAGUGAAGGACUUGAAUAGAAUUGGACAUGUAGUCGUUCCGAUGUUAUAGCAUCUACUGCAUUCUUCCUCCAUGAUGACUUAUUUAGCACCGAAACAUGUCUCCAUAAAUCUGACAGUUACGACGUCGAGGACUAAAUGAAGUGAAAGUGUGUUAAAAACAAACUCUUGGACUGAAACCGCUUUCUUUUCUUUUUUUACAUGAAGCAUUUUGUCAUUGAAGUGUAUGUCACAUUAUGAUGUGAAAUAAAAAGUCAUGGCUGUGUUUGUUUUAGGUGUGGACAUACUUUACCUCACACACUUGACUGUCACCUUAACUUCCUGUGGAUAAACAUUAAAUGGUCGGAAAUGUUA